CGUAUCAAAGACAUUACAAAGAAACCCAAAUAGCAAGACAAACUGAAUGAAAAGGGGGGGGGUAUUUUUCAGCCCAUCGCAGCGGGCUGGAUUUGUCAGGCCGACGUCACCGUGUUUCCUCCUCUAGCCCUGCGUCUUGCCGCGCCGUGCCGUGCCGUGCCGUGCCGUGCUGGGGAUGGGAGGGGGAGUGAGUUGUUUGGGGCUGGUGGGCCGGGGUGUUGCGGCUCUCAGCUCGGCUACUCGAUAUCUUGCUAGCAUACUGUCGCCUGGCUGCAUCCAGUAUGGUUUGUUUACCAGAAGAAUGAAAUAUAGCGAUUAUCAUCGUGGCAGCUGCUACUCUUGCAGACGUCCCCCCGAAGAGAGUGAGUAGCUAUGGCUGAACAAGAGCUUUGUCCUCACCUGGACUCCAUAGGAGAGGUAACCAAGGAGGAUCUGCUCCAGAAGUCCAAGGGAACUUGCCAGUCUUGUGGUGCAGGGGGUCCAAACCUGUGGGCAUGUCUGCAGAGUGACUGCCCAUAUGUCGGUUGUGGAGAGUCCUUUUCGGAUCACAGCACCCUGCAUGCACAGACUAAGAAGCACAACCUGACUGUGAACCUGACAACGUUCAGGGUCUGGUGUUAUGUGUGCGAGCGGGAGGUAUUUUUGGAGCACAGGCCUCCGCAGGUGCUUGUACCUGCUGCUCCCCACCACUGUAAAGCCACAGAGCAGGAAGCAGCUCCUCAGACAGUAGGUCACCCACUAAAAGCAGUACCAAUUGCUGUCGCAGAAGAAGAAGGUUCAGAUUCAGAGGACGAUGAGCUUAAACCCAGAGGGUUGACAGGAAUGAAAAAUAUUGGCAACUCCUGCUACAUGAAUGCUGCUCUUCAAGCCCUGUCCAACUGUCCUCCUCUCACUCAGUUCUUCCUGGACUGCAGUGGAUUGGUCCGGACCGAUAAGAAGCCUGCCCUCUGUAAGAGCUACCAGAAACUGAUCUCAGAACUCUGGCAUAAAAAACGGCCCAGCUAUGUCGUGCCUACCAGUCUGUCUCAUGGCAUCAAACUAGUAAACCCCAUGUUUCGUGGUUACGCUCAGCAGGUAGGGGCAAGCAGCCAGCAGGACACUCAAGAGUUCCUGCGCUGUCUGAUGGACCAAUUACACGAAGAGCUGAAGGAGCCUCUGACAGAGUGUAGCAUGAGUGGGGAGGGAAGUGAUGGGGAGGAGAUAAGAGAUGGAGAUCGUUCCCCAUCUGAGGAUGAAUUCUUAUCCUGCGACUCUGGCUCCAGCAGUGACCGUGGGGAGGGGGGAGGAGUGGGUGAUGGCGAGCUCCUACUGCAGGAUGAGUGUGACGGGGUCAGGUCUGCGGCAGGGGGGAUAGUGGGCGUCAGUACCGGGGGGGUGAUCUCAGAAAAGGAGAGGCUGAAGGAAAGGAGAGUGUCUGGCUCUCCCCUCCGAGGAGGCUCGCAAGAGAUGGAUGAAGACGCUGAUGUGGAUACAGCAGCCGAUGAGGGGGUUCCUGAGACGGGAGAGGAAGACGAGUUAACGCCAACCCCAAACACUGAGGUCCAAAGCCAAGAAAACAACCAGUUAUCUGAUACUGGCCAAGAGCAAAGCCCGAGCAACAACACCUCCGAGCCAGACAAUGAAGCGUCAAUGACCCUUACCCAGUCCACUCCCUGCAGUCCUGUGCGAACCCUGCAGGAGCUGCAUCCCAAAGUAUCCUCUAGUCCACCUCGCUCCAGCCCCCUCCGCUCUGCAGGACCCGCAUACUCCUUUAAAAAAGCUCAGCUGCUGCUCAGUGCCAGGAAAAAGAAACAGUCUCACUAUCGCAGUGUGAUCUCUGACAUCUUCGACGGCUCCAUCCUCAGUCUGGUCCAGUGUUUAACCUGUGACAGGGUUUCUUCUACAGUGGAAACCUUCCAAGACUUGUCCCUCCCUAUUCCUGGUAAAGAGGACUUGGCCAAGCUCCACUCUUCUAUACAUCAAAACCUUCCAGUCAAAACAGGCGUGUGUCCUGAAACUUACGACUCACAGGGCUGGAUCACCUACAUCAUGGACUCCAUACGCCGGUUUGUAGUUUCAUGUAUCCCCAGUUGGUUUUGGGGGCCCAUGGUGACCCUAGAGGACUGCCUCGCUGCCUUCUUUGCUGCAGAUGAACUCAAAGGGGACAACAUGUACAGCUGUGAGAGAUGUAAAAAGCUAAGAAAUGGUGUCAAAUAUUGCAAAGUACUUAGGCUUCCUGAGAUUCUGUGCAUUCACCUGAAACGCUUCCGGCACGAGGUCAUGUAUUCGUUCAAGAUUAGCAGCCACGUAUCCUUCCCGUUGGAAGGCCUCGACAUGCGACCUUUCCUGGCUAAAGAGAGUCCAUCCCAAGUCACCACUUACGAUCUGCUGUCAGUGAUUUGUCACCACGGCACUGCAGGAAGUGGACACUAUAUAGCUUACUGUCAGAAUGUGAUCAAUGGCCAGUGGUAUGAGUUUGAUGACCAGUAUGUCACAGAGGUCCAUGAGACAGUGGUGCAGAAUGCAGAGGCCUAUGUGUUGUUCUACAGGAAAAGUAGCGAGGAGUCGCUGCGAGAGAGGCAGAAGGUGGUGGCUCUGGCCAAUAUGAAGGAGCCCAGCCUGCUGCAGUUUUACAUCUCCAGAGAAUGGCUGAACAAGUUCAACACUUUCGCCGAACCGGGCCCCAUUAGCAACCACACAUUUCUUUGUCAGCACGGAGGGAUUCCGCCGAAUAAAUACCAAUACAUAGAUGACCUGGUUGUGAUUGUUCCUCAGAAUGUGUGGGAGUACCUUUUCAACAGUUUUGGAGGUGGCCCAGCCGUGAACCACCUGUAUAUGUGUGCCAUCUGCCAGGUGGAGAUUGAAGCUCUGGCUAAACGCAGAAAACUGGAAAUAGACACCUUCAUCAAGCUGAACAAAGAGUUUCAGGCUGAAGAGGCUCCAACGGUGAUCCUGUGUAUCAGCAUGCAGUGGUUCAGAGAGUGGGAGAGUUUUGUGAAGGGCAAAGACAAUGAGCCACCUGGUCCCAUUGACAACAGUAAAAUUGGUGUUAUGAAAGGAGGGCACAUACAACUGAAGCAAGGUGCAGACUAUGGUCAGAUCUCAGAGGAGACAUGGCAGUACUUGUUGGGUAUUUAUGGCGGAGGCCCUGAGAUUGCAGUGAGACAAACCGUGGCCCCGGCUGACCCUGACAGCCUUCAUGGAGAGAGGAAGAUCGAGGCAGAAACCAGAGCACUUUGAGAUAAAAAGAGGUCUUCUGAUUCCCUUUUCUACUUCUGCCCUCGCAGGAAGCUGAGGAAUUUACACCUUGGUGAUGAAUCCUUGUUGUGAGCACUUUGUAAAUGUAGCAACGCAUCAUUUUGAAGCUGUGUCGCAAGAGGGUGAAAUGAUACUUAAAUAUCACAUAGGUUAUUUAUUGGAUAACUCUGACCCUCAAUGUUAAGGUGGUAAAAAAAAAAAAAAAGACGUGUCACAUCUCUGGAGCUGUUUUUGGUAGCUAUGGUGUUUCAGUGGCCGCUGUAGUGACUAGGUGUCAGAUACUUUGAAACUGGCAGCGAGCUGCUGGUGUCGUGAACCAGUUACUCAGGAGGAGAACAGAACUACAGGCUGAUGUUUGGUUUAAGGACUGAACUGUUCUUCAUUGGAAGCAACAACCAAGAGACGUUAACAUGCUUUCUGUUGUUUGCCUGUUUACUACUCUCAUAGCAACAAGUUCAGAAAACAAGUGAGAUAUAUUACAUAAACCAUACCCUUGCACCUACAACCUUAAAUACAGUUAACUGAGCCCUCAGGAAUGGAAGCCUUUUUUUGUUUAAACCAGCAAAAUGAUCAGAUUAACAAACUUUAAGAAAAUACCACAGCAGGUUUGUGUCCAACCACAAAACAUGCAUGUGUUCCAAAUACUAUUUUCAGUGUGUAUUUGAAAAGCUCCAAAACUGCUGCUCCUUAAUUUGGACCUGUAAGGACAUUUCACUGUCAAGUUUGGUUUGCUCAAACGCACAAUAACAUCUUUUCUGUGCUCAAAAUGAUGGAAAUAUUCAGUCGCUCCUCUACAGCACUUUCAUGAAUGGGCAUAUAUACAGAGAUGUAUGGCUAUAGUUUGAAAAAGAAAAAUAAUUGAAGUCAUGUGCAAUAGUGGAAAAUUUGCCAAAGGGAUAAAACAAAUCCUGUGCAACAAAUAUUUUAUGUGGCUUAUUGAAUAAAAACGUACAUGAUUAGUUUGUAUUUAUUUUGAAACAUAAAAGUGAGAAUGACCUCAUUUUAGUUCAUUAGAAGAGUUAACUAAAAAUUACUAGUUUUUGAAAGUAAGAAAUAAUCACAUAAUCACAGAUAUUUAGCACAACAUGCACAAAUCCAAAAAUCAGCUAAGGUAAACAACUCCCAGUAUUUCCGUUUGAAGCAGCCAAGAAGCUAAGUUGCUCAAAGUAAAAAAAAUUGGAAUAUCAAUAGUAACAUCACAUAUUGUUGUGUAGAGGUUUCCUUUACAACAUAACAAAAUCAAGAGUUAAAGGUUAAAAUGUCUGAGGAAUUAGUCAGUUCAAGCUUAGCUAAAUCAACCACAUCCACCUCUUAUCUCAAUGUAGAUAAAUCACAUGCUUGCCUUUUUCUCAAUGUACAGAUCUGCUUUUGCAAAAUCUGCCACCACAUUUUAAGCAGUUCAGGCCGAGCAUCGUGGUAGAGUGAGCAAAACAUGGGAAACAACAUGACAUGUGUAGUGUAACUGUGCUUUUCUGUUAUAUUAAUAAUAAAUACAAACUUUAAAAGACCAAACUUUUUUUCUGUUAAAUUGAAUUAUUAGUUGUGUUUAUAUAGCACAAUUUAUUUAGACCGUUUAUAAAAUUAAAAGGUAAUAUAAAAAAAUAAAAGAUUCCUUUUUUUUAGUUGAUUAGAAUUCACUAUUUGAUGGUAACAUCCCCUGGCGUGUUACAUUAAGCACCAAUAAUAAAUAGUUUUAGUUUAUAAAUAAAUAAUUAAUUAUACUUACUAAACAUGUACAGAAAUGCCUCCUGAAAUCAGAUUGGAUAAACACUCCUACUUACCAGUGUAAACGGCCACAAAACGUGUCAGCAAAGACAAAUGAGUGACAGCAUCUCAAAGCCUAUUUAUGAAUGAAAAAGAAGCGGGAAAAAAAAUGUUUUUCAAUACCAAGUGACUAAGAAUGAACACUGAUUUUAAUCUUUAGCUGUCAUGCAGUAUUCACACAGAGAUACAGUAGUUCUUACCUUCUGCUGCUUGCUAGCUAUAGAUGUAUGUUAAACAUACAAGACAUCAGUGGUAUCGAUUUUCUCAAAUAAGUGGCAAAAUGUCAAACUUUUCCUUAAUGAGCAUAAACAAGUUCAGCCUCAAAAUGAAAAAUCAUAGUUUGUUGCUUUUCUACUUGGUUUUCUCCGCUAAAACUUUCAGAUUCCAGGACAAGCAAGACAGACAGUAAAACAUACGUAAUCUGAUCAGAUCCAACACUUUUAACAAGCUCGGCAGAUAUUCAGAAGUGUAAUUAUCAGAAGAGCAGCUUUACCAUUCCCCAGGCAAUAUAUUCAACAACGCAUGCAAACCAUAAACCAAAAUACCUUUACUAAACCUUUUCCAACCACAGAUAUUUUGACUUGUCAUAGCAUAGAAAAACUAAUACUAAUAUCAUCAACAAUCUCUAUAUACUGUAUUUCAUUUAAGUUUGACAGUAAGCCAUGCCAGAGAGGAAGCAUGCAUAUUGCCAAGGCCCUGAACCUGGAGCACCUAAAUGGAAGGCAGCCAGGGAGUUUCUAGGGUGGCAGAGUGUACGAUUGAUUGCAGGUGGCAGGGUUUUUAACAACACUGCAGAUGUUUUUUUGUCAGUUUUUUUUAUUUUGCCAGUGUCCUUUUUCACCUGUUUUGUUUAGGCAACUUAGGGGCAUCAAACACAAGUUGGACCACAACACUUAUCCACUUUCAAGUUGAUAUGACAAACAUGUUAGCAAGCCGUUGCUUAUUUAUACAUCCAGCAGUAACGGAGCAACAUUCAUGUUUGUGGCCACCUGAUGAAGACAAGUCCAAUAUUCACUUGCUUUUAGCUUUGUUUUUGGUCUCUACCAUCUCCUGACGGAAAUAUCAGUCUCUUUUUCUGCUAAAUCCUCCACUACGUUCACCUGCUAGUUGCUAACUGUCUAUCUGCUGCUUGGUGUUGACCAGGUAGUGUACAAUAAGGCUUUAGAGAUUUAUCAAAGUAAACAGUUGCUUGCUGCAGCUAAAAUCAACCUAAAACAACAGCAACAGUGACCCAAAACAUAAAAGUUGUGGAGCUAAACAAUGAGCUGAAACUCGCCAUGAAACUCCUAAAGCUGAUGGCAAGCUGCAGAUUCAGGUAUAAUUCGCGGUAGGGUCACCACAACCCCUUUCACAUCAAUGUGAUGCAUUGUUAUAAAAAACAUCAAUCAUAGCAGCUUUGAGUUGGAAGCUUGCAGUUUGAGUGGUUGUGUUACAGCCUGGCUAACGUCACUGUAAUGGCUAACAACAUCAACUGAGCAAGCAGUUAACCUUGAACUUACCUGGCCCUCUCAGACGAGGACUUUAAUAUAUGGAGGUUGCCAUAACCCUCCUGAAUCGUCUGUGACCAGAAGCAUUAAAUACUAACAGAAGGCAGACAUCAUUAAUGUUAUUAAUUUCCCUUGAAAUGUUACCACUAUGACACGUCAAAGGUCAGCUCUUUCUAUUAACUUUAUUCCACAACAUGGCCUAAAUUCUUCCAUGUCUCCCUGUUUUCUUUGUUGAUGUGUCCAAAGAGCAAUUCACCAGUUUUAAUAAAAGAGGACACUAAUUUGUUAAUUUGUCUUAAGAAAACUGUUCUGUAGUAUUUUUAUUGUUACACAUGUCCCAUCUGUAUCUACCAGAAAGGAUUUAAUACUACAGGGGUUUGUGUGUGUGCUAUCUUUAGAUUGUUUUUUGGGAGUAAGUGCAAUAAAACAAAAGACAAAUCUUUGUGCAAUCUUAUCAUCAAAGAGACACUGGACAAACACAGAGAGGUUUGAACAGCUGACAGUAAAGACUGAGGCAGUGCAGCUUUUAUUUUUCAGUAUUAAGAAACGUGGAGUGGUAAUUACUUAAUUAUCCCCAGUUGUGAGUUUGUUUGCUUGUGUUACAGCACGUAGCUAUUUGUGUGAGAAUUCCAUUUCACUGAAAAAAUAUUAGCAUCGCUGUGGUUAGAAAGAGUUUAUCAGUGAUAUCAUGACACCCUGGGGACAGCACAACAGGAUUUCACUGACUCGUGUUUUGCCUACAUUGUACAGCGUGUGGCUGUUGUGGUCAUGAUAAUGGCGAUGCUUUGAUAACAUGGGACUUCAGUGAUUGACCUUAAUUUAAUGGGAUGUCUUAUUGUCUGUAAAACUGAUGUAAUUAUUCUGGUUAAAUUAUUAAAAAUGCCUGGUCUUUGA